CUCGGGCUCGAGCCAACGGAUUCUUCCUCGGGGCUUCGACGACCUCGAGGCUUCAUCUUCGUUCCCUCGAGGCUUCGUCUUCGUUCUCUCGGGGCUCGACCCCGAGCCCUCAUGGCAUCGACGCAAGGCCACUUCCGCGGCGUUGUCCCAGGCGACCCGUUUCAGAGCAGCAUCGUCGGCAAUUACGAGCAUGUGAUGAGGAGGGCGGAGGUCAACCUUCAGAGCACGGCCUUUGUCCUGAAGGACGUCGGCGCUGGCAUCUCCCGCGAGAUUGCCACGCUGCAGGAUCACAAGCGCAUGCUCCAGCUCAGCCUGGUGCGCGCGCAGCAUGGCAAGGCGGACGACGUCAAGGACCAGAUGGCCAAGGCGGAGUACGAGUAUCAGCUAAAGGACCAGAUCGACUCGCUCACGAAGAUGAUCGAUGAGCUCAGCAAGCAGCACGGCUUCAUCAACGUCAAGGCGAACCAGACAGUCGACGUGACCAGCGACAAGAACUACAACGAGCCCCAGAGCGACGAGCAGGCGAUCAUCAUGAAGCUGGAGACGGGCGAGGAGACGCUCCUGAUCGAGAAGGAUGGCGCCCCCUACCAGGUCCCGUGGAAGGCUGGCGAUCCGAACUCCUGGGUGCACUACGGCUGGAAGCAGAAGGACCCGUCCUUGUGGGUGGAUCCCCUGUCAGGCGGCAGCAGUGGCAGCAGCCCAGCGGUGCCCACGGAUACCAAGACUCUCUGGCUGGAGAAAAAGGUCGAGGCACUCGAGCGCAAGUUGGCGGAGUCGACCGCUGGGCCCUUGGAGCAGGCUUUCCCUAAGCGCGGCGCGGCCUGAGUGAGGGAGCGGCUCAUCAUGCGAGUGCGAAGCCUGUAUUUUUCCCACCAGUGGCGUGGAGACGCGAAGGCUGUAGUUUUUUCCCCGCCGACGGCGUGGGGACGAAGCGAUUGGAUGAACUAUGCUAUUGGGACGUGCAGCGAUGCGUGCACG